UGCUGGUGUAAAUAAUCACUACACGUUUGCUCUGGUCAUCCGCAGCAUAUGUUAUUCAGGUUUUUGGUGUAUUCUUUGGUUGUUUUGGACAUCCUGUAAAACGGGGACAUUUCCGGAGACAGGACACCAAAGAUCGAGACGUCUGGUCUUUUUAUUAUUUUGGCACUAUGCCACUGUAACAUUGUGUUAUUUUUUUGUAGUACCAUACGUAAUUUCCUUAAGGGAAGACAUUACACGGGCUCUCAAAGAAACUUUAUAUAAUCAUUUAUAUAAUAAAGAUUUUAUGAUCACCAUCUACGAAUGCAUGUCAGUAUAAAUCCCUAGACCUUAUAGACUUUAAUGAUAAUGCAACGUUUUUUGCAGGAUUUAUACAUACAUAUAAGAUCAGUGAAAUAAAUUCGUUGUGUCACUGACAACAGACACAGUAAUAAAAUAAAAAUACAACAACUGAAUUAAAUAACGUCCUGUGUCGUCAUGCCACGGUGCAUGAUGGGAUCUGUAGUGCGCCGGUCUGGCACUUCCUGUACAUUGGACUGCGGGUGUGAAGUUGAGUCGUGAUCUGAAUCGAGUUGAUCAAAGUUAUAAACACACAUCAGAUGUCUGUGCUUGAGGCAUCCAGCAGACCCAUCACUGCAGUGGCCUGGGCUUCUAACACCAGCACUUGUCCCAGUCAAUUCUCUCUGAUCAAUCAAACUGAAGAUGGAGGUUCAGCAAACUUCAGCAGAGGUUUUGGACUCAAGUCAGGAUAUUACCUGUGUUACAGCAGGGAUCUGUCUGGAGGGAUGGUUGUGGCAGAUGUGCAGGUGAUUUCAGAUAAAGAGACGAUUCCUCAUGGUUAUUGCUACAUCCCAGAAUAUCUGGAGCACAAAGCGUCUAUUGGAAAGAAGAAGCGCAUUUGUGUUCGGAUCGUUCCUGUGGGCAGCGUAACAACAGCCGUACUAGAGCUCAAACUGACGGUCAAGAACAAGACCAUGCUGCAGCAGUACACCUGCCUGGGAGACAUGAAUGGGUUUGUGGUCUGGUGUUUGAAGGGCGUGCUCUCUCCUCCAGCGCCGCAGGCUAAGCCUCGUAGAGUUAGUCUGGACAUGCGUAGUCUCACGCUAGAAGGAUCUGGACCUCCACAGCCGCUCAAACCCAGCAAUCCUCCCGCUGGCUCAACAAAGGUCAGCCGUCGCCGCACUACCCUAGAAACCAGCAAGACAUUGGAGGGUGUGUGUGACAGCGGUAACCAUAGUAACAUCUCUGGUAUAACAGCGAUGGAUGGAGUUCCAUUCAGUCUUCACCCAAAGUUUGAGUGUCAUACAAACCCACAGGUGUCUGUGAGCACAUUGAGUGAUAUUCGUAUUAAAUCAGUGCAGGACAUUGAGAAUGAGUAUAACUACAUGUUUGCUGUUGAAGAACUGGCCGCCAAGAGAAUUAACCCCUUUUGACAAAAUCCUGAAAUAUUGUCUUUUUGGAGCCUGUUUUUUAGAUAUUAAAUCUAGUUUGCUUUCAGGUUCUAGUUAGCACAAUCUCUUUUUAAACUAGUUCAUCAGGGUUUGAUCUCUCUGUCUUUUUCUCUAUUAUUUACUCUUGGGUUGCUUAAACUUGAAGGAUUUCCUACAUGUAUAUAUGUUUGUAUGUUUCCAUAUGUUAGUUUUCAAAUGUUACAGUUUCAUGUGUUUCUGAAAUGACUAAAAGUCAAAUUCAAGUGCUUGACAAAGUGGCUAACAACCCCAUUAAAGAUACAGUUAAUUGCACAUUAUUUGUUAUUUUAUAAAUAUAAAACCAAAUUACUUGUGUAUCUGGGGCAUUUUUCUGUAGUUUUUUUCCUUUUACACUAAUAUUCUAUUUAAAUAUAUUUCAGAAAUGGUGGGACCAAAUAUUUCUGUGUGUGCUUUAUAUUUAUGUCUGUUAGAAACCUUUUGUGUAAGAGAAUUAAAAUGGAUGUUUUAGGGAUGCAAUGGUGUAAUUCUGUGGCCAUUAUUUAAUAUGUGAGCAGUAAAUCAAUAAACAGGAGUAUACAAUGUGCCAUAAAUGAGAA